CGCCGGGAGCGGCUCCGGCGCCGGGGACCGCACGGGACCGGACGGGUCGGGAUGUCAUGGCAUGGCACGGCACGGCACGGCACGGCAUGGCAUGGCAUGGGAUGGCAUGGGAUGCGCCCGUAAGUGUAUUUCUGCUUCUGUACUACUUGUCUGAUGCUUCUGUCUUCCUGCUGAAAGCCCUAUAAAUGGGUGAAUGUAAAUACUGGAAUUUGUUCUAAAGAUUGGUGGAAAAUAGCAAUGAAACUGGUGUCUGCUUUGAUUAGUCCAUUGCUAUACUUGGUCUGAUUGGAUACUAAUUCCUUAGGGAAAACUGUUGAAAUCCACGGGGAGCCCUGCUUGUGAAGGAUGACGUGCCAUGUCCCCCGGCACUGGGAAGCCUCUGGGGACAGUGACGGUGCCCAGGGAUGGGCGCGGGAGCGGGAGCGACGGGCGACUUUUGCUGGCUUUCCACAGGACUGCCCCGUCUCGGUGCUGGCUCUAGCACAGGCUGGCUUUGUUUAUACUGGAGAAGGUGACAAAGUGAAGUGCUUCAGUUGCCAUACAACUAUUGAAGGAUGGAUGCCUGGGGAUUCUGCAGUUGAGAGACACAAACAGCUUGCCCCCCACUGCAAGUUUAUUACUGAAUCUGCUUUUCUGGAAAGUGACAUGGAUCCUGUUACCCAGAACAGAACUGAAAACGGUACCAGCAAUUCAGCCCUCCCAGGUGCUCUGGAUGAUCCUGAUGUGGAGGCAGAUUACCUUCUGAGAACUAGGCAGGUUGUGGAUAUGUCAGAUAGUUUGUAUCCUAAAAACCCUGCUAUGUGCAGUGAAGAAGCAAGAUUAAAGUCUUUUCACAACUGGCCCCUCAAUGGCCAGUUGACACCACAGGAAUUAGCUAAUGCUGGAUUUUAUUAUACAGGUGUUGGUGACCAAGUAGCAUGUUUUUGUUGUGGUGGAAAAUUGAAGAACUGGGAACCCGGUGACAGAGCUUGGUCAGAACACAAGAGGCAUUUUCCCAAAUGCCUUUUUGUCCUGGGCCGGGAUGUAGGAAAUGUUUCAAGUGAAUCUAUUCCUUCUGAGCUUGGUAUAAGUGGUCUGAACAAUGCCCAGCACCCAAGGAAUCCCUCUAUGGCAAAAUAUGAAAAACGUUUACAAACAUUUUUAUCUUGGAUUUAUCCUGUUGACAAGGAGCAACUUGCAGAAGCUGGGUUCUAUAGCAUAGGUAAUGGUGAUCACGUUGUGUGUUUCCACUGUGGUGGAGGAUUGCAAGAGUGGAAGGAAAAUGAAGACCCUUGGGAUCAACAUGCCAAAUGGUUUCCUGGGUGCAGAUUUGUGAGCAAUGAAAAGGGAAUAGAAUUUAUAAAUAAUGUUCACUUAAAAGAUGGACAUAGGGAUUCAACAACAGAAGCUGCUGAAGGGACAAUAAUUCCUAAAGAUGGUCUCUUACAGAAUCCUUUGGUACAAAGUGCCAUAGCCAUGGGUUUCAGUUUGUCUGAGAUUAGGAACACCAUGGAAAAGAGAUUGCAGAUGACUGGAGAAAGUCACACAUCUGUUGAGGAUCUGGUAGCAGACUUAAGUGCUCAUAAAGAAAAUACAAGGGAUGAAGAACCAAAUGAAAUCCCAGUUGAGCAAGAUGAGCUUAUUCAGUUACAAAACCUCUACCUCAGUACUGAAGAGAAGUUAAGACGUUUGCAGGAGGAAAAGCUCUGUAAAAUCUGUAUGGCUAAGGACGUGUCAGUUGUCUUCAUUCCCUGUGGUCACCUAGUUGCCUGUAAGGAAUGUGCUCAAUUACUUAAUGAAUGCCCUGUGUGUCGUAGAGAUAUUAUGAAAAUACAGGAAAUUUUUAUGUAUUAGUGAAAUACACAGCACUACGGAUGCAAAUGUUUCCUGUUUUAUUACUUUAAAAAUGUGUAAUGUAAUGUAAAAAAUGUAGUUAAUUCCAGAAUGUAACCAUAUGGCAGGACUUAGAUUUUUCUGCUGUCAAACUAUACACAUUUUAACACUUUACAAAUUAUUUUCCUUAAGUGAAUUUUUUUGUAUGCAAAAAGCAAUAUGUAUGAAAGGCAAAUAUGUAUAUUUUGUAACUUCAGUUCAUAGACCUGAUAUGGGAAAGCCCAAGUAAUGAAAACCUUUAUUUAUGUGAUCAUUCCUUUGCUUCACUUUGGUAGGACUCUGUAUCACUGAAGUUUGUGCAGACAGAGUUUGUACAAAGAGCCUGUCCCUAUAUAAAAUUUGUAAAUAAGUUAAUUCAAAAUAUAAUUGUAUACAUGUGUAUUAUACCUGAGAUUUUAGCUUUUUAAAAAUAUUAUGUAGGAUUGAAAAUAGUCUCUUUUUUUUCUGUAACUUUGGUUGUGACAUAGUUCAGACAAUACACACAAACCUGCUGCUGUAGCCUUAUGGUUACUUUGCUACUUUGUAGGUUUGUCUGUUUUGAUUAAAUUCCUGGCUCCCUAUCUGUUUUUCUGGUUCAGAUGUAUAAACUGUCUUCAGUAAACUGGUUUUGGAUUUUUUUUCGUGAAAAUCCAUCUUUAUAUAAAAUGUACAUUAAUUUUAUUGAGUAAAAGGGAACUCAAGAAAUUAAGGAGAUUUUGUGUACCCUGUGCCCUUUGUGAGAGGAGGCUCAUUUUAAAUUUGCCCCUUACACAAAAAUAUGUUAAUUUUGACAUUUUUCUUACGUGUUUUUUUUUGUAACACAGCAUCAUCCUAACUAAUUUAUCUGCUAAUACUUUACACUGCUUCAUAACUUAUGUUUUCAUAGGAGAAGAUGAAACUUUAUCUCCUAGAAAAUGCUUUUUUAAAAUUCACUAGCAGUGUUAGAAAUCUUUCAUUUUUGUUCAUGUCAGUUUGCAGCAUUUAAAUUCAAAAGUUAAGAACUAUUCUAAUGAGAGCCACCUUAAAAUAUUUAAACUAUUUCUUGGUGGAGUGAUCCCCCAUUUCUGAUUUUGAAAGUAUCACAGCUUUGUAUUCAAGUACAACUGUUUUAUGAACACUGCUUGAUUAUGUCACUUCCUUAUUUUUUGGAACGACUGACAUUUCUGUGUAUAUAUUUUUGAGUUCUACACACUAAGGUUUAGAAUACAGAAUAUACAGAACAUAGUUUUUCAUGUUAUUAAAGUUUUGAAUACACAGAAAUAUAUUGUCUACCUUUUCUAUUUUUUUAAAUCUGUGCUGUGUAAUGGUAUGAAUAUUUAAAAUAAAGUGCAACCCAGAUGUUCCUUGAUCAAUGUAUUUGAUUCUCACACUAAAAAAAAAAACCAGAAAGCUGCUUUCUGUUGCUUUUUGUUUUGUAAUUAAAUUGAUUAAUUUAACCUGAGUGUUAUUAAGGAUAAUGAAUAUAUUUUUUUCUGAGAGAAAAUAAAAUCUAUUGUUUGUAUAGAUUAAAGUUUGUUAAUUAUAAAUCUAA